CAUAUUGUCAUAUCUUUCGCAUUUGAAGAUAUUAUUUGGACGUAAUUUACAGCAAAUUUACGUAUGACAUGGCGGCAUGGUCUUUAACCCUAGCCGGUUCCCUGUGAAACGAAUAAAAAAAAUCUUCGCAUUUGUCAAUUUGUUUAAUUGUUUGUCAAAUGUCAACAGCGGACAGCCCUAUUAAAGCGUAGUGAUAAUCAUGAUAAAUUCUCUUUGAAGUUUGAGCAAAGAGAAUUAUAAUAUAUAUCGAAAAGUUUGAGUCAUGUAUGAACUGUGCAGUGAGACGGUGACACUUUUUGUAAAAUACUUACAUAUUAAUUAACCAGUAAAUGUAAUUUUAUAAUAAAUGAGAAGACGAGAUGAUAAAUUUCCAGACAAUGGAUUUGAAGCUUGGGGCGGUUAUAUGCAAGCGAAAAUCGCGAAACUGGAAGAACAGUUUACAAAAAGCGCGGGAAAAGCAGAAUCAUUGUCUCACAUCUUUAACGGUGUAAGUAUUUAUGUUAACGGAUACACUGUGCCAUCUGCAGACGAGUUGAAAGUUCUGAUGUCGAAUCAUGGGGGAAUUUACCACACCUAUCAAAGGAGUGAAGACUUCGUUAUCGCUUCCAACUUACCAGAUACCAAAGUGAAAAAUAUGAACCUAUCUAAAAUAGUCAAACCAGAAUGGAUUACAGAUAGUAUAAUGGCAAACAAAUUACUAGACUAUAGAGAAUAUUUAUUGUACAAGAACUCAAGAACACAACAGCAGCUUAAUUUUAAAACAAAGGUUGACAUUAAAAAGAAUGGUGAUGUAAAUAAUUCUAUAUCUAAUGCAAUCUUUGAGGAUAUGAAGCAAAAUCUUAGUACUGAAAAAUCACCAAUAGCAACAACUUCUAGUAAUGAUCAUAACUCACACAUGAAUAUAAAAAAUGAUUCAAAUGAACCUUUAAAAGCUAACCAGAAACCAGCUGUUAAAACUGCUGUAGACCCAAACUUUAUAUCCGAGUUCUACAAUAACUCAAGGCUACACCACAUUUCACAACUUGGAGCAUCUUUCAAGCAACAUAUUAAUGACUUAAGGGAAAACAGCAAUUUUAAAUUUCCAGCACGCUUAGAGCUAAAAGAUAGAAUUCAAGCCUUAAAUAGUAAUUUUUCACAAUUAACUUUUGAAAAAGGAAAAGUUAUAAUGCACAUUGAUAUGGAUUGUUUUUUUGUAUCAGUUGGUUUAAGAAAUAGACCAGAGCUUAGAGGGAAACCUGUUGCUGUUACACAUUCAAAAGGAGGCCAACCUAGAUCCAAAAGACCAGGAGUUGACAGAAGUACAGAGUUUAAUUUGUAUAAACAAAAGCAAGCCAAAAAGUUAAGUAAAGCAACUGGCACACAUGAAGAUGAAAUUGAAUUUGAAAGCAGAGUCGAUAAUAUUGCAGAUGAGGAUGACAAAUAUGGAUCAAUGAGUGAAAUAGCUUCUUGUUCAUAUGAAGCAAGAGCUAAAGGGAUAGGAAAUGGUAUGUUUAUGGGUGCAGCAUUAAAACUUUGUCCAGAAUUACAAACUAUACCCUAUGAUUUUGAAGGAUACAAAGAAGUAGCAUAUACAUUAUACAAUACCAUUGCACAGUAUACAUUGGAUAUAGAAGCUGUAUCUUGUGAUGAAAUGUAUGUUGAUUGCACAGAACUUCUAAAAGACAUGGAUGUUAGUGCUCAAAAUUUUGCCAUGGUUCUAAGAGAAGAAAUUAAGAGUAAAACAGGGUGUCCAUGCUCAACAGGGUUUGGAGGUAACCGUCUCCAAGCAAGACUAGCUACUAAGCGUGCUAAGCCAGAUGGUCAGUUCUUCCUUACUGAAGACCUAGUUGAAGAUUUCAUGUUUGGCAUUGAACUGAGAGAUUUGCCAGGAGUGGGUAGACAGACUGCUCAAAAAUUAGAAUCAUUAGGUCACAAGUCAUGUGGUUCAUUGCAAAGCCUAACUCUAAAUACAUUGAAAACUCACCUAGGGAACAAAACUGGAGCUCAGUUAUUUGAUCAGUGUCGUGGGCGAGACCUUAAUACAUUACAUUUUUAUACUGUAAGAAAAUCUGUUUCAGCAGAGGUAAAUUACGGUAUCAGAUUUGAAAACAAUGAACAAUGUUAUGAAUUUUUAAAACAAUUAUCAGCAGAAGUCCAUUCAAGAUUGCAACAGUUUAAAGUUCUUGGAAAAUGUAUAACCUUAAAAUUAAUGGUCAGAGCUGAAGAAGCACCUGUUGAAACUGCUAAGUUUAUGGGGCAUGGGUUUUGUAAUGUUAUUAAUAAAUCCAUUUCUUUAAACACAGCCACAAAUGAUAUUGAAGUAAUUACUAGGGAAGUUAUAUCUAUUUGUCAAAAACAAAAUAUAGAUCCAAAAGAAAUGAGAGGUAUUGGUAUUCAAGUUACUAAAUUAGAACCACUUAACAGCAAAACAACAAAGGGUGCCAUUAGUAAGUUUUUAAGUAACAAACUCACUAAAACAGAUAUAAAAAAUGAAAAUUAUGAAACAUCAAACUCUAAAAAUACUAUUUUAAAACAACCAAGAACAGGGACAAGUGAAUAUAAACAAACAACUCCAAAAAAAGAGAAAAUAAGUUUAUCUUCACCAAAAAAAUCACCUAUUUUGGGUGUUACCACUAAAUCACCAUUAAGUAAAAGAAGAGGAAGACCCCCAAAAGGCUCUAAAUUAAGGUCCACUUCUAAAAAUCUUAUAAAUAAGUUUCUUACUGGCCAUAACUCUGUUAGGGAUAUGCCUUAUAAAGAUCCAAUGGUAAAAAAUGAGAUUCCUGUUAAAAAACCGAUAGAAGAAAUUAAUGUUAAGCAAGAAACAAAAAUUAAGGAAGAAAAGCCUAAAGGUUUUUUAGGGCUCCCAUGGGAAAAAGUCAGAGAGUUAUUGAGAGCAUGGCUAGAUAGUGGACAAGUACCACUUUCGUGUGAUACAGAGUUGAUUAGUGCAUAUAUGCGAGAAAUGGUUAUAAAAAAAGAUAUAGAGAAAGUAAAUAUUUUAAUAAAUUUUCUUAGAAGAAGGACUUCUGAAAUUGGUAGCUCGGAAUGGUCGGAAGUAUAUAAUCAUGUUAUUCAAGAAGUGCAAAAGGUUAUGAUCUUUGUUUAUGGUAAAAAAAUGUUUAUAGGUGAUUGAAUGUUUAUUAUUAAUUGUUAUUUUAAUAAAACUGUGAUAAUAAUAAAACAUAAUUUUGAUGCAAUUAAUUUAUUUUCAUUUUGAAUAUUAUUUUCUAGGACUACAAAAGAAAAUAGAAUUUUAUAACAUCACAUUUUUAAUUGUGUAAAAUAAAACAUAUUCCUCGUAAUACUGCCAGUUUAGAGGUACUAAUGGUACACUAAAUUAAUUAGAACUCGUUAAGAGUACUUGAUACCGGACAUAUUAGAUGCAUCAAUUAUUGGCUUAGUAAGUAAAUUUUGUAAUCGUUGAAAAUUCCAAAUAUUUUGGCACACAUGCCUCAGUUCAAUUGUAUUUUACCGAAUAUUGUAAAAUUUUACAUUUACACAGACAUGACAAUUUUAUUACA